AUGGUCUUCGAGCUGGAUACGUGGGAACCCUCAGCCCCGUUCUGGAAAGUCGUGCUAGCGGUGACGCAAUUUUGGAGGAUUAGGGUGAAGGUAACAUCCUGGAAGAGGAGCAGCUCAGCUUCAGGAGUGGAAGCUACUGUAGCAGGGGUCCAAGAGCGUCUGACACAAGCGUACUGUCAAACUAGAUUAGAGUCUUUGGAGAUGUUAUGGUCCGAUUUUUCUAAAACUCACAAAUCUUUAGUAAAAACUUAUGGGUCUAAAUUAAGAGAGCAAGAUUAUUAUAAAAAAGAUUUUUAUGAACAAACAGAAGAAUUGUUUAUUGAGUAUAAAACUGAAAUUAAACAAAAACUUAAUUCAGUGCCUAGUAAUUUGGAUCAAACUUAUAAUGUUAAUAAAUCUGAAAGGUUAAAUACAGAAUCAUUUAAAUUGCCAAAGAUUGUUAUUCCUAACUUUUCGGGAAAAUAUACGGAGUGGAUCACAUUUAGGGACUUAUUCUUAUCAUUGAUUCAUAAUAAUUCUAGAUUAGACAAAGUACAAAAAAUGCAUUAUUUGAAAAGUUCCUUAAUUGGUGAAGCAGAACAGUUACUUCGACAAAUUCCAAUAUCUGAGGCUAAUUAUGAUAGGUGUUGGGAACAAUUAAAAUCAAGGUAUGAUAACAAAAGAUAUCUGUCACAUUUUAUACUUAAAAGAUUGUUGAGUCAGAGAAAUUUAACUGUAGAGUCAUCAAGUAAUUUAAAGGAAUUAAUUGAUACAACAAAUGAUUGCUUAAGUGGUUUACAAAAUCUUGGAAUAAACGUUAGUAGUUGGGAUAUUAUUAUUAUACACAUUAUUUGCUUAAAGCUUGAUCCAGAAUCUAGAAAACAGUGGGAAUUUAAUAUUACUAGUAACACUCAAUCUGAAGAUCUGCCGACCUUAGAUCAGUUUAAGGAGUUUUUAACUAAUAGAUAUAGGGCACUUGAAUUUUUGGAUACUAAAGUUGUAUCAAAUAAGUACCAGUCAAAUACUAAUAAAAAUAGUAAUGUUGUUCAAUUUAAGAGUCUUCAUGUAACCAAGUAUCAAUGUGUAUUUUGUUCUGAUAAUCACAAAUUGAGUUCUUGUAAAAAAUUUGUAAAUCGAACUGUUGACCAACGUCGCGAUUUCGUAAAAAUUAAUAAUUUGUGCUACAAUUGUUUAGGAGCAAAUCAUGGGGUGAAAACGUGUACAUCGAGUAAAUGUAACUUAUGUCAUCGGCGUCAUCAUUCACUUCUUCAUCCAAAAGGUGUUGAUAUCGGGAAAUCUAGUGUUGUGCAGGUUGAAUCUGAGGUAGCGCAAGGUUCAUUUCAGGGAUCAGGGCUUAAUAAGGAGACAGGAGUAGGGGGAGAUAGGGAGAUAAUGUCCAAAGCAGUAGUUACUUUGAAUAUUAAAUCUAGGUUUGAUUCCAAUUCAGUAUUCACAGUGCAAGCUUAUGUUCUGAAAUCCAUUACAUCUUUUCUUCCGGGGAGGAAAGUAGAUAAAUUGGAGUUUCCAGAAUUUGAAGGAAUCGAAUUGGCGGAUCCUGAAUACAAUCGGCCUAAUAGAAUAGAUGUGUUAUUAGGUGCAGAAUUUUAUAGUCAGAUUAUCCAAGAAGGUAUACGCAAAGAGCCCAGCGGUUCAAUAGUAGCUCAAUCUACGAGCUUAGGUUGGAUUUUGUCAGGGGCUUUGCAGUCAUCAGACAUUUAUACAGGUGUAGUGGCAUUACAUUGUCAACUGCAAGAGGGAGAUGAAAUUUUAAAGAGGUUUUGGGAAAUAGAAAAUGGAAUAGGCCUAACGAAAGAAGAAAGCUAUACAGAGGAGGAGAAAAAAUGUGAAAAAUAUUUCAUUGAAACUACAAGUAGGGAUGAAACUGGAAGAUACGUAGUAAAAUUACCUUUUAAAACAGAUAAUCCUAUGUGUAUAAAGGGAGAAUCUAGAUCAAUAGCAGAGAAAAUACUGAAAGGGUUAAUGAGAAGAUUUGAAAAGGAUAAACAGCUACAAGCUAAUUAUAAAGCAGUGAUGGAUGAGUAUUUAUAG